AUGCGGCUCUACAGACAGAAUUUGACUGAUAAAGACCAUCUUAUCAUAGUGCUUGAUCCUCUUUUCCAUGAUGCCUCGUACAAAGCAAACAAAAAAAAGAACCAAUGGAUGUGGAAAAGUUAUUUGAUUCUAUGCCAAACUUAUGCACAAGCCAUUCUUAAGAAAUACCGUCCUGGAGAUUUAGUCUGGAUACACGACUACCAAUUAGUGAUGUUGCCCCAUUUCCUUCGAAAAGCUAAGCCUGACAUCAAAAUUGACCUUUCUCUAUAUGCAAAAUUUCCAAACUGGGGGCAUUUAGCUGAAGUGGAAGACAUAUCUCAUAUUUUGAGGUCAAUGCUCCAAGCUGACCACAUAGCUUUUAAGUCAAAGGCAGACGCUGCGAAAUUUGCAACUGCAUGCCAGCAAAUACAAUCCACUUCAGCCUCUUUGCUUCCUUCUCUUCGACCGCAGCCAAUGGGAACUUAUGCCAAUCCACUUGUGUGUGAACACUGCAACCAACAGCACAAGAGGCCAUCAAAGAGCGAAAGAUCAGCCAUGAUGACUAAACGUGUUAAACAACUCAGGGCAAUGUUUCCCCACAGACAGCUUAUCUUCAGUCGUUCUGCCAACCGUGCCAAUCUUUUCAGAACGCUUGCUGCAUUUGCUGACUUGCUCUCCAAGCACCGUUUUAUGGUGGAUCGUACCGUCCUCUUUCUGUUCUGUACCUCCCACUCUUUGCCUGCCAAAGAAUGGAAGGCUGUGCAUGAAAUCGCUCGUCAAAUUAAUCAGAUCUACGGUACUACUGAAUUCGUGCCGGUUCAUCUGUAUCAUCAAGAGCUAGAUGCUGAGGAGGAAGAGGCCUUCAUGACCGCUUCCGACCUAGGUGUUUUUCUCGACAAUCCCAACGAGCAUCAUGAGGAGGACGACUAUGUCAAACGAUUUGUUAUCAGUCAGCAACAGCGCCACGCACCGUUGCUUAUCCAUCCAAGUGCCUCCCUCGCCAGCGCGCCCAUCCACUGCCGCCAAGGCGUCCUCACCGUCAUUCAAAGCCCACACGAUAUCUCUUCCCUAGCAUCAGCACUUUACGACAACCUUGCCAUGUGCUCCAUUCAUGCCAAAGCCCAUUACGAGGCUUUAUACCACCAUGUUCUUGCCACUGCUGAAGCUACUGCUUCUAUGGAGACCUCGGUUCUACAUGAAACUGACUCGCACAACAUUUUGGAAGAGCCAAGUUCAACAGAUACCCUUCACCCACCUGCCACCACCUCUGCCUCUUCUCCUGCUGGUCAGGAACCGAGAACCAGCCCUCUUCCCCUGGCCCCACCGCAGAAUACAAACGGAACGAUGGGAAUGCACAAGGCUCCUCAUGCCCACAGUCGAACGGACCCACGGCCGUCUCGUCAACCGUCUCUUACAAAGAAUGCCUGGCUUUUGAAGGAAGAAACUUGCACUGCCAAAGAAGGAGAGGAUACCUCUGCUGCUUCUUCUUCUUUUGUAGAAAAAGAAGCCAGCACUACUGCGCUUAUGAAUCAUGUCAAGGCAAGAAGGAAUGGCAAAGAAAAAGAAGAAAACGAGACCUCACCAUCUACCUUUUUCUCUCGUACAUUCUCUGCUGUACAGACAGACGAGCAAGACAGAUUACCCGUAUGCUCAUUGAAGCUAAAGGCGCAUACGGCCUUCACUGAUUGGCAUACAAAAUACCUAAGAAAAGUUUCCAUGUUAAAAGUGCUUGCUGAAUAUCCCUCUCCAGUGACAUGA